CUUGCACCUAUAUAAACUAAGCCCCGUCUUUUGGAAGGCAUUAAUACCGUCUUCACCAAGCAAUCAUGAACUCGGCGAUUAUAUUUUUUGCAGUGGUCGGCGCAGUGUUGAGUAUGCCCUACGAAGGCCAUAUGUCGCAGGCCAGCCAAGAAGGGCAUGGAGGAGGCCAGAGGGUGCAGACUGACCAAGGAAGCAGUCAGAGAAGUUUCAGAGGAGGCAACGAACAAUUGCGCCAAAACCAGGGGAGGUCUUUUGGGGGCUUAGGCGAUAAGCCCUACGGGGCAAGUCUGAUUGACACACCGACCAUGGUAGGCUAUGAGGCUGUGAUCCCUGGUGCGACUUCAAGAUUCGUAAAGUACAGAAACGAAUUUGGAAGAAGCGGUAAGUCACAAGGAGGUUUUGGCCAAAGUGGACAAGGUGGCCAGGGUCAACAAGCAGGAUUCAGAAAUUCCCAGGAUGGAUAUGGUCAAUCUUCAGCAUCGGCAUCCAGAAAAGGCCAGGGAUGGUAAAAUCUUAUUGAAUCCAGGAUCAAGCUUUCAAUAUGUUAUUCUUUUCUUAAUUUUCUUCUAAAUUUCUGUACUUCACCAUGAAUAAAUGUUUUGUAUAAUUACAGUUGAUUCUUUCAAUA